GGUGGUACAUCCUAGUGGUGGCUGAAAGCAAUGGGCUGAACCUCUGCUUGGGGGUUAACUCUCACACACAGCGCAGUCCCCCACACACACAGAGCCAUGCCCAACGCCGAGAGACCGACAGCGCUCGCGGGCUGCCAGAAGAUAACUUCAAAGUUGGCUCCGGUGUGAGCGCGCGAGCCUCGUAGGAAGAACGACACUGAAUGCCUUUUUUUUUUCAUUCGGAGAAGAAGCCGUGUGUUGCGUGUUUGUUCACCAAAUAUCCACAAAAGACACUUUUGGAGAGCGCACCGAGGCGUUCGGCGUCACCGGGAGGUAAAACGCUGCACGAGGAGGAGGAAGAAGAGGACGAAGUGAAGUUCUUUACGAGCAAAAGCAGCGAAGUGACCUGUCUUUAGUGGACGAAAUGACUCUUUGAGCACAUUUACUUUGUUGUGGUAACUGAGAGGAGGACUGUUGCUAGUCGUGGCGGCGCUUUUCCCGUAAGUCGCGCGUCAAAGUUUGGAGAGCGGAGCUGCGCCAUCAGAAAAAAAAACCCUGUUAACAAUUAACUGCUUUUGUCAAGAACUUAACUCGUCUUGUCCACUUUUAAGUCACCCGGAAGCUACUUUGCGAGUAAAGCUGCCCUGAAACAUCCAUGUGACUGUAAACACCGUUUCAUUCAGAGUCGCCUCCUGAAGGAAGUGCGUGUUCAGCCUCGGCACACACAAACAAAGUUACCGAGUGAGCGAGAGAGAGAGGGACAGAGAGAGAAAGUCCUUGAAGAGAGCUGAGCUCUCAGUGUCAGACUUUAUGAGAAGAAGCCCUCUGAAGUUGUGAGCUAAAAGCGGGAUGAAAAAAGUCAAAGUGGUGAAGAUGAGAGACACUCGGAGAAAAAACGUGGCGGUGAAUCUUCAGCACUUGUGAGAAGGUGCGCUCGGUGAAAGGAGGCGAAAUAAAAGAGCCUGACGUUCCUGCUGAAGACCCCCCCCCGCCCGCCCUGUGAGCCGGGCAUAACAAGAGAUUUGGUGUGUUGUGUUGUGUUGUUGGGGGAGGCUGGAUAGUAAAGAGAAAAGAGACGGAUAAAGUCUGAGAGUGAAGCGGCUAAUUGCUCAGUCCGUCCCUCAUUACCAUAUCCAAUGCGCGUCCGCUGGACUCCAGCCAAUCCUCCCCACCUUCACACGGUGCCAUUAAUCGUGAGGCAUUAUUCACUAUCAUAAUUAUUAUACCGACAUGCGCAAUCCAACGCACAGCAACAACAGCAACGACAGAAGCAGCGACACCGGCUAAUAUCAGCUUUUUUUUCCUCCUCUCUGCGCUCCGCUUCCAGACUAUUUGCGAACUUUUUGUGUGUUGAUUCAUUCGCUCUUCGCUGAUGUAUCUGCUAAACGCAGAGACAUCACGGAGCGCAAAAGCAGAAGCAUCGCCAGCACUGACGCCAGCAGCAUGUCCCGACGCAAGCAAGCCAAGCCGCAGCACCUCAAGUCGGACGAGGAUCCCGCACUAGCCGGGGUGGUUUCCGAGCACGGUGAGUGGACCAGAUCAGCUGAAGGCUCCUUCCUUUACAGUACAGACAACUUUCUCUCGCAGCUCUUCUCUGCACUAUUUUACUUCCAACAUUCCAGGCUUUUUUUUUUUCUUCUGACUCGUUUCUUUGAGUUUUACCUGAAAUCCAAAGUAUGUUGGCUUCUUUUGGAUUACUGCAGAUUUCCUGAUGGGGAAACAUUCACCCGAAACAGACGCAAAAUGUCCAAAUAAAACCGCUUUAUCAGAAUAACUCAGUCAAAAGUCUUUCCGCAAUUGGCAGAGAAGUGUGCGGCUCUCGUUGGAGAAGUUGUGUGUUUGUUUUAUUCCCAAACAUCAGUCCAACCUGCAGCUCCUCCGGGGUGCACCUAAGCUCCGACUGUUGGCUGAUAAAUGACUUUAAAGACGAAUGUGACCGAUGCAAACAUUCAUUUAUAACAGUUUACACUUGAAGCCUUUAUAUGAUGUGCAGGAGGCCUUUUUGAAAGACGUGUUUAGAAAUAGAAAGGAUUUAAUACUUUUCUUCAUGUCGAAUAUCGGGGCUGUUUUCUGACAUACGUCCUAAAAAUCUCACACAGUUUAGACGUGUCCGUAAACACCAAAAUUUACGCGAAAUUUGCCAAUCUGUUGUCAUUUUUAAAUAGCUGCAAAAUAGUUAUUAAAUCCACAGAAUUGCGGGAGUAAAAAUAAAUCGUAUGGCUUAAAUAUAUAUUUUUUUAAUUUGAUAAAAUAAUUAAAAUCUUUACAGUUAAAUUUGUAUAUUUAUUUAACAUUCGUGUCUUUUGUCCCUGAGCGCCUGUCUGGCUCUCCGAGGAGCAAAAUGCGGAUUCUGUUGCAGGUCGAAGCCUUGUUUUGUUAUGGAAAUGUUUUUUGUUUACCCCCCUCACAUAAAUUUGGCACACUUGAUUUGUUCCCUUUUUGCGCACAAUGUCGACGACAUCGGUUGACAGGGCUCGUCCUCGCCAUGUGGAAAGAAAAAGGCUCAUUCAUGUUUUUUUUUUCUCUCUCUUUUAUUCUGCAUCCAGCCUUUUGCGCAAUUAAACGAACUUUACAGAGUUAAAGUCACACCUUAUGUAAAUCUCAAUGCAGCAGGACUCCUCAUCCCAACAGGAUAACUGAAGGAAUAUUAUUUAUGUAACUGUUUAGGUCAGACAUCCUUCUGAUAAUAGUGUGUCUGAAUUGACAUUUCUUAUAAACUGCAAUUGAAUUCGUAAGUAUUAAUUUAUAAAGAAAAUAGCAGAAAGCCAUGUUUUAUAAACAAAGAAUUAGAGCAAUCAUUGAGUCAUUUCUAAAAAAUACCAAAAACAAUUCCCUUUGCUUUCAAACUCAUCCUCUUUUUUGUGAAGUUUUAUUGAAGAUACAUUUCAUUCUUGACCCUCUUCAAACUGGCGACAAAUCCCUGCUUUAUUUAUAUCUCACUAUAAGCUAAUGUUGGCCAACACACACACACACACACAGACACAGUCACACACACACACACACACACACACUUUGUUGGGCUUCUUUACAAUAGGAGUGCGUGAUGUAAUCUCAGGGGAGCAGCUCUCUUUGCAUGGCGAAAUGUUCGUGUGAGUGGAGGGAAUCACAGCCACCGGUGACUCUUGGCUCUCUUAUAUCGUCCACUCUGUUAAUAUUUCUUUAUUUCACAUUUUUAUUUAAAGAUUUUUUUGCUCGAACGUCGAGGAAAUCUUUUCAAGGCUUAGGUCAGAGAUGCAAAACAUCCAUCUGGUUUCUCUCCUGUGGAAUCAGAGAAUGAAAAGUCCACUUUCCUUGCAUUUUCAUCAUAAAAUUGCAAGGAUAAAUUCAGAUUUUGUUGUAUUUUUUAGCAGAAAUUAUUCUAAAGAUGAGGGGAAAUUAGUGAAGGAAGAGUAAAAACUCAUUUUCUCUUUGCUUUGCCUCCUUAACAGACACCGUCCUUCAGGGAUGUGUAUCUUUAGAGUAAAAAUACCCACAUAAAGAGACAGAGCUCAGGCAAACCUAUAGGAUCUUCAACAUUGUGCUUGACAGUGGAAGUGGCCGUGGAAUGUUCCUGUAGCAGCACCAUAGUGGCUCGCUUGUUUUUCAGGACAGACGUCGCAGUGAAACAAUCCUAAUCCCUUGGCAGAACACAGUGAGCCCAUACACACUUAAAUAAACCUAAUAACAGCAUGUCUCAUCCAAAGCUACCCCACACUUACACACACACACACACAUUUACACACACACGCCAGCUACAAAUGUCACACUGUCGGUGUAUCAUUGCAGCAUGAUCGGAUUCUCCGUUGCCUAAUGCCGUGCUGCAGCUCGUGACGACACUAUUGAUCGCUGGCUCUGACAAAUCAUUGCAUAUAAUGUCAGAGGAAUUCAAAAGUUCCAAUUGUCAGUCGCUGCUUGAUUUAGACUUUAAAUCUAUACAUGUUGGGACGAUGGUGAAGAGAGAGUCAAGCGUUAAGACUGGUGUUCCAGAUGUGCUCAAGGACAAUCUGACCGGGGUGCAUUUCAUGAAAAUAGCUUUCGAACAAGACAAUAACCACAGCAGUGAGAAGCUGUCACAAAAACUCCACCAUGUUUGUUCAUUUUAUUCCAAUUCUUCAACCUUUUUUCUGUGAAUUUGUGCCCCUCUGCAGCUCAGCUACGACUUCUUUCAUGUGCUGGAUCCCUGAAAACAUGAAAAACUAAAAUCAGGUGCCAACAAGCCUGUGUCUGGCACAUCAUCUCCCCCUCAGGCCUUCCGGACACUUGCCCCCCUGGGGGCACUGGGGGUUGUGAGUGUGUGUGUGUGUGUGUGUGUGUGUCUCUGUGUGCGUGUGUUCAGUUGGGAAAAAGAGGAGGGGGGUCUGCUCAGGGAGUGCUUUUAUAAAGCUUGCUGACUUAACCUUUGCAUAGCCAGGCGGGCCAGGUCCUGCCUAGAUGUCAAGCUCUUUGUGCCAUUCGAACGUGUGUGCUGUUGACCUUGGACACGGCUUAGACUCUCGUCCUAGAAAGUGUGAGCAGCGACAAGCUUUUUCAUGUCAUCACUGCUUCCUCUUCAGCACCGCAUCUUUGAAGGUGUGCACACGCAGACUGUGUGGGAGGCGUAGGCAGACAUCUUGCACGUGGAUGUACUUUUGCAUACUCUCAUUUAUACAUUUAUGAACAGGUCUGCAAAGAAACAGCUUGAACAGACAAGAGUUUAUUUCACUUUAGAGGAUUUAAAAAUUGCAUCUCUACAGCUGAGAAUUCAUGUCAGGGACGAUCAUUUGUUGUAUUUUUCACAAAAAAAGAUCAACAAUUAGAAAAGAAAGUCUCUGUUUUUAGUUUGAACACUUUUAACUGGCUCAAUUCUGCACAUUUGUCGUGGGUUCAACUCUUAAAUUCUUAAAGACAGUCACAAAAAUGUAGAACUAUUUCCUUAUGGACUGCUCGAAUGUUGUCGACAAGAGAGCUGAGAGUUAUGAGGUGCAAAAAUAUAUAAUAUAUUGAGGAAAUCCCCGCUGACAGUGACAACAUGCCUCCCCUGCAGCGGGGCUUUGUUUGGCUUUUGUUUUAAUCCCCCCUCACCAGUGGGUGCAGGCCUCUGGACCACCCACACUGUUGUGCCAAAGAUGUCUUCAAGAAGGCACUCAAAUAUGGCCGUGUCUUAAUUACUACUCGGCACUGACAACACACACCAACAAGUUAGGCUGUGAUUGAGAGGGAGGACUAGACAGUGUAGACGUUUCAAAAAGAGCAGAUUUGAGGAAUUUGAGAAACAGCGAAUAAGAUUUUCAGCUUAGCAGCUUUGUUUCUUUCCUGUGUUUGUGAGUUUUGUUGGUUCUUUGGAUAAUUUUGUGUUGACUGUUCUGCUGAUAUGAUUUUGAAUUGCUUAAAAAAUUGGGCAGGGGUAUAAAGGUUCGGAAACAGAGAUUAUUUAGGAUGUUAUUGUGGGUGCCUGAGUUUGUAAGGUGAAAUAGUUUUUGAGCUGAUUUGAAAGAAGAAUCCAACUCUUUUUUUUAAUCGGACCAGAGCUUGAUGCACAGGCCUUGGUUUUAAAAAUGCAGAAUUGAUCAUAUUCAUUCUGGCCUGCUGAAGAUGAGCAUACAGUACACCCUAUAGCCUCCUUCCUUAUCUACAGCUCUUUGCUUAAUCCACAAACAUGCACGCACUCUGACAGCGAGAGCCAUCUUGACGGGUGACACAGUCAUCUGGACGGAGUGCCGUCACUGAAUACUGUAUCGCAAACGCUUACACAAACAAAUCGUUAAUGUUUUGGCUGCUCCACAUCUGCAGGCGAUGACAAAGGCCUCCCUGUUCACGCAGAUAUGACUGUACCACUCUGCAGUAGGGCUGACCAGGCCAGUGACACACAUUUACACACAUUCACAGACACACACACACACUCAGAGCUGUGCUGAGAGCACUCAGUCUGCAGAUCUGAGGAUGCACGGGAUCAUCCGAGGAGAUGAUCUAUCGGUUUCAGCAUAAAGGACAACACCAACUAAUUGUAGGGAAACUGCAUUUUUUGGAUGAUUUGUUGUUGGUUUUGAAAAACACAUGCAAACAAAUGGAGAUGUAGAUUAAUGAUUAAUUGUUUCAUAUAGCAAACAGAUGAAUCAGUGAAAGAGUGAGUAACCACCUCACAAAAAAACCUUCAUUUUGUCUGCGAACCUUCGCUGUGAGGUAAAAUGACCACAUUUAAAUGCAGCGACAAAACGCUUUGUUUUUAAAUCAAAUUUAAUACAAAACGUCCAAAUUCACGACUUUAAAAUCUUCAAAAGAGUUCAUUAGAAUUGAAAGGUUUGUGUACAAAAACACAAUGGAAAAUUUUAACAGGAAAUCAAACACUGUUGAACUCAGCAGGCCUCUUGUUUUCUUCUCACCCUCCCCUCCAAACUUGGGCUGGAUCUCCUGUAUUGUUUUCUCUGUGAGGUUCCAAGGAUGCUGGAGAAGAAUCUAGAAGGAGGAGCAACUCCUCUAAAACUCCCAGUCUUGACACUGUUUGAGGUCCAUUUUUUUUUUUAACAGAGCUAAAAUCAUAAACGAGAUUUUAAAUACCCGUUUUUGACAGAGCUGUUUGAAUCUAGAUACAGCUGAAAUAGAAAUGACAUGUUUUAAAACAAGAUACCGAUGACUUCACCUCAACACAGGGUAAAUGUUACCAGUGCUAUUGUCAGAGUGUGUAUGUCUGUGUGAGUGUGUAUGUGUGUGUAUUUAUCAAGUGAAUCUGGAAAUUGUUAAGAAUGAGACAAUUUGUAAUUGUUGAAUGCUCGGCUCAAUGCUCGGCUCUGUGGCCCUCACAGAAUCGGUGGAAAGCAUGAAUACCUCAUCUGAUAUAAUACGUCAGAUUAGCGGUUUCAGUUAGCAUGCCAAAGAUUGCUCGCCAAGAUAACGAACACACAGUUCCAACGUCGACAAUCCCCCCAUUGACUGCGUUCAGCUUAAUAUUUGCAUCUCAGUAAAUGAAGACUCUUAAAGGAAUGAAAAACGGAUUGGAUUUUUUUGCAGUCUUUCCUUUCUCAUGCUAUAGGAAAAUCAAUACCCCCCUUACACACACACACACACAUAUACUUUUUCAGUGUCUUGCAUACACAUAACCACUGCAAAUGUCGCCUUCACGCAGCUGCACAGCACGAUGGCACCCCUUUUGUUUCGGGGUGAUGGUGAAUGCAAUUAGGAUGUUUUGCAACUUUCAACCACAAGCACAACAAUAUAACCAGUUUGCUGCUUUGCAUUUUGCGAAACUGCUUGUUUGCAGAAAUAUUUGAGCUGCCAGGAAUAAAUACCACAUCUGUCGCGCUUAAUUGCAUCUGUAAUGUUUUGUAAUUGCGAGUCUUUACAUUUUUGCACAAGCCAAACGUCUUCGUUCAAAUUUGAAAAUUACUUGACAUUUUAUACGUUCUUGCAUUGAAUUAAUUUGCGACAUGAUUUGAAAAGAAAUCAAGUAGGAUUUAUACUUUUAGUUUAUUGGAUAACAAAGAAAAUUUCACAAUAUGGAGUUCCAUAUCAGGAAAUGUGAAAUUUCUCUAUUUUUCUUAACUCAGAAAGGUGCAGCUCUUUGCAAGCUGAAUUUGACAUUGUAGCUCUGUGCACAACACCUGCACACACACUCUCUGACAGCAUUAAGCAUGCCUGUGUAUGUGUGUGUGUCUAAGUGUGUUUACAUGUUUUCAUGUGGUGCUUAGCUCUUAUCUCCUUGCAUAUACCCCCCAUCUCCAUUUGUGUGUGUUUUCUCUGUCCAAAUUUGUCUGUGAGAACGUGUGUGUGUGUGUGUGUGUGUGUGUGUGAGGUCAGAGGCACACAAAGGCCCCCACUUGUAAUUGUAUGAAUGAAUAAAAGAGAUUGACAGUAAUACCAUUCUAAUAACUAAUCAGCUCAACACAAUGCCUACUCAUUUGUGUUGACCUUUCAACCCCCAAUUAUGGAAAUGAGUCCUGCUGUCCGCUGCUGGGCUAAGGAGAUUUUUAGCCUGCUGUCACGUGUCACAGGCGGUUCCAAUCAUUUGCUCUUUUUCGGAUUACAUUUUCAGCUUUUAAUGAUAUCUAUAGCAGAUUUAAAAAAAAUAAGAGUAUCUUUUUUAUGCUGACUUUGCUGACAUGUGACUGAAAAAUUAAGGAGAGAUGACAAAUAUUGAAAAGUGAUUAAAAUAACCAGCUUAAAUAUGUUGUAAGCUGAAUUUAAUUAUUCUUAUUGCUCACAUUUUAUUUCUAACAUUAGCAGAGGUGAUUGUUUAAUAUUUGUGAUUUUUUUGCUCUGUCUGCCCUGUCUACAGUUAAGAUAAAGUCAUGGACCCUGUCCUGAUUACUAAUUCACCUACCUUGAUAGCUCGUACCCCCACCUGAAGUGAAAUUACAGGAGGAGUGAUGAAUUUCCUUCCUAAUGAGUCACUGUAAUUGGCACAAAUUCUUCAUGUCUGCUUCACUAUGGCUCACUCUUUUUUUCACCUCUAAAAUGAGAAGAACAACUGUAUGACUGUCAUGAUUACUCAUAUAUAAAGCUUAGCAGGACUUUUAAUGUUGAGUUAACACACACAGUCUCUGAUUUGUGGUAGUUAACAGGAGAUUUUAGGGGCAACAUUGCUCUCUACAUGUCUCAUCUGUUAUAUUCAUAGCUGAUGCUGUUGAAGCUUGUUGAGUAUUUUGAAGCGUUUUAAAAGUGGGAGCAAAUUUCUAGCCAGAGUUAAAUGCUUAUUUUCUUUUUUUCGGGGAAGUAUUUAAGUUUUUAUGCUCUUUUAUGGCCAUGGGCCUGUCCCCAAAAUGUUAUUAACUCACCUAAGAAACCAUCUUCCUGACUGUGUUUCGAAGCAGCUUAUUUUAGACGGACUAUCCCUUUCUGGAAUAAAUCCCUUUUAUUUGCAAUAAUGCCCGUAAAAUUUUCUCUCACUAUUUAAAUUGUGUAAAUUGUGUACUAAAUAGUUUAAUUUCUGGAUAAAUAAUUAUCUUACCAGGUGUAUGUAAGGAUUUGGAGUCUAAACAGAACAGCAGAGUAAGAAAAGAAAGAAAAAAAAGAGUACGGUCAGGAUGCUGUGGUAGCGAAAGUGCACACUUCCUAUGCAUAAUGAAAAGGAAAUAUGUACACACAGACGCAGACAACCAACAAAAUAAACAAAGGAGGGCAGCAGUUUUAACAUGGUUUUGAUCAGGUGUGAAUAAGGUCCAUGUUCGGAGCUUGCACAGGCUUGUUUGACUCUUGAUGGUUGCCCGUGGAAGAGGAAGUGGCUUCCUACAACUGUGAUUAAACAUGUGUAACUAAUCAGAGUCUGUGCUGCCAUGGCACUAGCAUGUAAUUUGUUGAGUCUUAUUUCAGAGAGCAUGGGGAAGAGGGAGAGACAGACAGAAAUGUAGAAACAGAAAAAGAGAAAGUAACACUGGAGACUUUAGUUGAAGGACUAUUUUGAAUUAAGGAGAAUAAAAAUCAUUUUUUUUUAAAUUCCUUUUGUUUUUUAUUUCAUAGUAAGGUUGGCUGGAAUUGUAUAAAGGCGUUACAUCCAAGAUGCCUUUGCCUUCACUCUUGUUAAAACAAUUUUCUUUCAUCAUAACAAUCGAGUGUUUCAACCGGGAGUCCCUCUCUUAGGCUCGGGGUUAAAGUAUUGCCUUUGCAAUGCUAAAUGAAAAGGCCAGGCAUUUGAAAUUCAGGUGGAAAUGACUGGGCCUGAUAGCAGAGGGGAAUCCUAAUGGGGCCAUCAAAGUCCUGAUUUGUACCCAACAGAUGAGGCAGCUGUGAAUUGUAUGAAAUAUUGGAAAUCAAUAAGUUCUAUGGAAUUUCAUUAAGCGGCAGUAUCCACAAUUGAUAGGCCCUCAUAAUUUGAUGGAUUGCACAAAGAAAAUUAUUAGCUGGCUCUAUGGAGAGGGUGUGAAUGCACAAACCUGGGUCUUGAGAAUUGGUGAACUAGGGCAAUUUGUUCAGAGUAAAAAAAAAUAAAAAGAAUAUUGAUUCUGGUUAUGUUAAAAGAGAGAAAAAAAAUCAAAGGUUAAAUCUUUGCAGCAGUGCACUGCAAAAUAAGUGUGGAUUCUUUAUUGAUUAUUUAUUCAUUAAUUCUUCUCUUUUUGCUCCCUCCUCCAUCCCUCUACUCUACUCCCAUGACCCCCUCCCCUCUCUACAGCCCGAGGUGAGGUGCUGGAUGAUGCCGACAGCGGGAACGAGAGCCGCAGUGGCAGUGAAGAGACACACAUAUGUGAGAAGUGUUGUGCUGAGUUCUUCAAGUGGUCAGACUUCUGCGAACAUUUAAAGAACUGCACCAAAAACCCCUUAGUGCUCAUAGUGAAUGACAAUGAUGACACACCGAACCCCUCACAAGAGUACACCGCAGAGCUCUCCCCUGUCCCCAGCUGCCCCAGUGAGCAGGCUGACAGCGAGGACCCCAGGGAGGGCAGCCACAGCCCCACUGGUGAGGGGGAUGACAUUCCAGAGACAGUUAACCUGAAUGGGGUGGAUGUCCUAGAAAAGGAGGAUGAGCAGAUGGAGGUGGAGCUUUCUCCUGAAAAAGCUAUGGAUCUUGAAGAGAGAGAUUUGACAUCUCCUGAGCCAGACACCUCCCUACCUCAACUCAAUGAUGUCGCCCCCUCCACUGUUACAAACUAUGCCAUGCCUAGCACCAACGUCACCUUGGAGACUCUGCAUGGCACCCGGGUUGCAGUUGCUCAGUUCUCACAGAGCGUAAGAGCGGCAGCAGGCAGUGGGGUUUCCACCAUGGCUAUUCCCAUGAUCCUAGACCAGCUGAUGGCCCUCCAGCAGCAGCAGAUACACCAGCUGCAGCUGAUAGAACAAAUCCGCAGUCAGGUGGCUCUCAUGAACAGACAGUCUGCCUCACAGCCUGCUCUUAGUCACCAUCACAGCAAUGUGGCUGGAAACCAGGGGCCUGCAUCAUCCUGUGUCCCUCCUGUCGCAAGUCAGCUUCAACUACACAACUUCAUCACACCCCCUGUCCAUCAGCUGCCUGUAAGGUUGCCGGCAACUCUUAAUGGUCAAGGUCCUUCACCCCUGACCUCAGCAAUAGAGGGGUCACUCUCCCAAACACAACAAAGUGGCAGCCAGCAGUCCACCUCUUCAGUACCCAGCACAUCCUCCAAUAACUCUGUGUUCCCCCCACCAAGUGGUACUGGAUUGUCAUCUUUGCUCCCUCCCUGCUCAUCCUCAGUGACAAACAACAUUAGCACUAGUAGCAGUGCAUCAGGAGGUGGCGGCAUUAACAGCAGCUCAGCUCUUCCCAGGAACUCAACCACCCCUCCUUCACUCAGCCACAGCAGCCUCCUGAGCUCUGCCUCCAGUCUACCGCUGAUACCUCACAGCUCAUCCAGCAGCGUCAUCUUUCCCAACCCGCUGGCCAGUAUAGCAGCCACAGCCAAUGCGCUCGACCCCCUCUCUGCUCUGAUGAAGCAUCGCAAGGGCAAGCCCCCAAAUGUGUCUGUGUUUGACACUAAGCCUAGCUCUGAGGACCCCUUCUUUAAGCAUAAGUGUCGGUUCUGUGCCAAGGUUUUUGGCAGUGACAGCGCCCUACAGAUCCACCUUCGUUCCCAUACUGGAGAAAGGCCCUACAAGUGCAACAUAUGCGGCAACCGUUUCUCCACCAAGGGGAAUCUGAAAGUCCACUUCCAGAGGCACAAAGAGAAGUAUCCACAUAUUCAGAUGAACCCCUACCCGGUGCCAGAGUACCUGGACAAUGUGCCCACAAGCUCAGGCAUACCCUAUGGAAUGUCUUUGCCACCAGAAAAACCUGUCACCACGUGGCUGGAUAGCAAACCCGUCCUUUCCACAGUUCCCACCUCAGUUGGGCUUCAGCUGCCCCCAACGCUGCCGAGUAUGAUGGGAGGUUUUGGCGAGUCUCCAAGCCUCACUCCACUCAACAGGUCCCCUCACCGACCAUCCCCACCAUCAAGCGAGUGUGCGUCUUUGUCCCCUAAUAUCAUCACUGACUCUGGCAUGACCACUACUUCACCUUCCCCGAAACCCACCCAAGGGAGUGAUGCACCUCCCCUUUUGAAACCUGAAGGAGUUCUCCUGCCUCCAAGCUGCUCAAGUAGGCCAGGAGAGAACACAACCACCACAACUACAGUGACCCAAGUGGUCCUCUCUUCUACAGUCACCUCCACCACAACGUCCAACGGUGGCCAGAUUACUGAACCUAGCGCAAACCCCAGCUCUGUUUCAAACCCUGUUUCCCAUCCGGUUCUUCCCAUGCUCUCAGACCAAUUUAAGGCUAAAUUUCCAUUUGGAGGCCUCCUUGACUCUAUGCAAACCUCAGAGACAUCAAAGUUGCAGCAGCUUGUAGAAAAUAUUGACAAGAAGAUGACCGAUCCAAAUCAAUGUGUCAUCUGUCAUCGGGUCCUGAGCUGCCAGAGUGCUCUGAAGAUGCAUUACCGUAUCCACACUGGUGAGAGGCCCUUCAAAUGCAAAAUAUGUGGCCGGGCAUUUACAACCAAGGGGAACCUAAAAACACACUUUGGUGUCCAUAGGUCCAAACCUCCACUUCGGGUCCAGCACUCCUGCCCUAUAUGUCAGAAAAAGUUCACCAAUGCCGUCGUCCUGCAGCAGCAUAUCCGUAUGCACAUGGGGGGUCAGAUUCCCAAUACCCCUGUCCCUGAGAGCCUGCAGGAGAUGGAUACUGACCUCUCCUUUGACGAGAAGAGUUUAGAUGCAAUGAGUAAUUAUGAUGAUGACCUGCUGGAUGAAAUGGAGCAAGCUAUGGAAGAUGAAGCUGACUUGAAGGAGGGGGAAGUGGACCCAUCCAAACCUUACUCACCUGGGAGCUCCCCUCCAACUUCCAUCAUGUCCAGCAUUGCUGCUAUGGAGAACCAGAUGAAAAUGAUCGACUCUACUGCCAACAUGACCCGCUCAUUUGGUCAGAAGCUGAUGCAGAAUGGCAGCAGCUUUGGAGGAGAGACUGAUUGCUUUGCCACUGAUUCCCUAUCUGCAGUGGGGGAUGCUGAAGGUCAAAGCUUGGGGAGCCCUGCUUUGUCUGAGUCCUCUGGCUCUAUGCAGCAUUUGUCCCCAGCUCACAGCCAUUCUGAGAGCCAGCUAUCCAAGUCCCCAGCUACACUCAACAAUAAUAACAACAGCAGUGCCAUGACAGCAGAGGAGGGCCAAGAGAACAAUACAGCUGGCUUGGCAACGGUGAAGUCGGAAAAAUCAGAGACCCCAUCUCCGCUUUCUGCGAGUGAAGGCACCGGGGCUCUUGACCUGACUGCCACUCAACCUGGCAGGCACUUUAUCAAGGAGGAGAGCCACUUCAACAUGCUGUUCCUAAGCAGAGAUCGAGGUGUGUAUGAGCACAAUCAACUCAAACUUAAUGCAGUACACCAAGUAUUCAAAUAUAGGCACAUAUUACACUUAAUAAAAUGCUGUAUAUAAUUUAAAAAAACAUGAAAAAACUAAAAAUAUUUAUUGACAGCGAUGGAAUAAUUUUUUAUACAAUUUAAUGUUUAUGCAUUUGUAAUUUAUGAUUAAUCAUUCUAGAUAAGUCUUAUUAGCAAUAUUUACACAGUGAGCCAUGUGAUUAAAUUUUUUACCCAGCUGCCAGCUUGCUAAGUAACACAAUUUAAUCGUUUUAUGACUCUAAUAUCAACUUGACUUCUCCUUUUCAGGCCUAAGCACUCCUAAUUUGGCCAGCACUGCAUCAAACAUGAUCAAAAUGGAAAUGAAUGGACACGGCAAGUCACUGACUCUUGACAACUCACACCUGCCAGUGGGCAUCCAGGUCCCUGCUGCAGCACCCCAGACCACCAUGAGCCCCAGCAUGAACCCAAUGUUGGCACCCCCACCUCCACGACGCACUCCAAAGCAGCACAACUGCCAGUCGUGUGGGAAGAAUUUUUCCUCAGCCAGUGCACUGCAGAUCCAUGAGCGCACACACACUGGAGAGAAACCUUUCGCCUGCUCUAUCUGUGGGAGGGCUUUCACCACAAAGGGCAAUCUAAAGGUAUGAGCCAAUUCUGCAUCACAUCAGGGGUUGCAAAACUGCAUGCAAUAUAAGGUGCAAUACUCUGGGAGGGAUUCAGACCUUUAAAAUAUUUUAUAUUUAUAAUAAUUUAUAUAUUAAAUUUUAAACGUGUCAACAGAACUUAAAGUCGGGCGCUUCCCUUACAAAUUGGUAGUAUUUGUUCAUGUUACUGAGUUCUCCUUGUAUCAGGAUGACAUAUUAUGUUAGACUUGUCUUUUUCCCAUCCAGCCUCAUCGUUGAAUAUACAUUUGUGACUCAUCAUGCCACACUCCUGAUGUUUCCUUUCAUGUGUUGCUAUUUUUAGGUUCACAUGGGAACACACAUGUGGAACAACGCUCCAGCCCGAAGAGGUCGGCGACUGUCUGUGGAGAAUCCCAUGGCCCUGCUGGGCGGGGAUGCCAUGAAGUUCAGCGAGAUGUUCCAGAAAGAUCUGGCGGCUCGGGCUAUGAACGUUGAUCCAGGUUUUUGGAACCAGUACGCAGCCGCCAUCACCAACGGACUGGCUAUGAAGAACAAUGAGAUUUCUGUGAUACAGAACGGAGGCAUCACACAGCUCCCCGUCAGCCUUGGCGGUGCUGGAAUCACCUCACUGGGAGCCAUGCCGGGAGGAAUGGACCGUGUUCACACUGGCAGCAGCCCUCCUAUGAUGGGUAUGGAGAAGGCUGGUCUGGAUGUGGGGGCCAGUCGCCCCUUCUCCAGAUUUAUGGAGGAAAACAAAGAGAUUGGGAUCAAUUAAAGACUUUUCUCUAGUAUUCUGAGGUAGGCGACUUGCAAAGACUCUUGAGACAUAAGAGUCUGAAAACAAGGAAAGAAACUGCUGAUCCAGUCUGAACUUGUGCGUACUAUAUUAUGUACAGAUUAAAUAUUUUUUGUUUGGUUUUGGAAAUAUGGUAUUUAGUAUUGAUUAGAGGUCUUUGCCUUUCACUCAUCCCCUCCUCACUUGAUAUUUCGCCUAUACGAAGAAUACUUUGUCUCUUGUUUGAGAAUAUGUCGUCUUGCAAGAUUUGCAUGGUACUUAUUGGUUUUUAUCAGUAUGUUUGACUGCUUUUAUGACUUCUUUUGAAAACCAGGAUCCUGCCUCAGUUACGAUGGGCAAGCAUCUUGUCGGGACUGGAUUAAAACUGAAAACAUAUGUGUUCAAUGACGGUCUGGCUGUUGUCUGGCAUCCUUGAAUGCUCUUUGAAAUAUAAAAGGGGCAUGGAUAGACUGAAGUAAAGACUGAAGAAUAGUUUGUCUGUGCUCGCCUGAAAUUUUGUUUUUCAUGAACUAGAAAACUUGAAAAAAAUAAUGUUUGAACUAUUUUAAUCUUUACAUUAGUCUCCCAGCAUUGUCUUAUAAUAUUGUCCUGUGUCUUUAGUAUUUAUGAUAUUGACAAAAAAGCGGGUAUACAAAAAUAUAUUUAAUGGCCCAAGCAUUUUAUUGAUCCAUUUUUUUUCUAAACUGCAGGCUUCACUGAUGAAUAUCUCUUUAAUAAAGACAAUAUGUCGUUUGAGUUGAACUACAGAGAAAACUGUACGUUUUAUUUGGAUAUCUGUUGAGACUAUGUGUAUCUCCUUACAUGGUAAAGAGGCUAGAGAUAUCCGAAGCUGCUAUGACCACAACCCUGCUUUUAACCUUUGUAAAAAGAAAAAAGAAGUGAUCCUUUUGAAGAAAUAUCUAUGUAUAGAAAUACAGACAAAUCUAAAACAGGUAUGCAUAUUUUGUAUCACAUAAAAAUAGACAUCAUGAGUUGAGAGUAUUUGUCAUGUUUGUGAAUGCACUUUUUAAAAACAAAGACGUUUUGUCUGUGAGUUACCGUUAACCUUUUGACUGAGCUAUCUAUCACAUGCUGUUUUCAUUGUUUCCAGCGUACCACUCCUACAAUUUGCAGAGUCGGUUCUCUGUUGUUGCAUCUGUGCUACUUGUCAGAGUGCAAACUCAUCACUCAAUCAAAACCUUCUUAAAUAAAAAUAAGAGAACAGGUG